AUGGAUGUAGCAAACGGCCCGUCGCUGCGCCUCCGCGGCGGCGUGAACAGCCACUGUGACGGGAAGAAACACGAGCUGAACCUAUGCACGAGCGCCAUGUCGCCGGAGACGAAGCGGCUGCUGCCGCCGACGUCGGAGACGAUCAUGACGAAGCCGUUCCCCAUAAGAGGCGAACGCGCUAACUAUGUCAACAUUCCCCACGUCAUCGCCAUGGUGGGUCUCCCGGCCCGCGGCAAGACGUACAUAUCAAAAAAGCUCUCGCGCUAUCUGAACUGGAUAGGAAUCAACACAAGGGUGUUCAACCUCGGCGAGUACCGGCGCCACGCCACCACCGCGUACACCAGCCACGAGUUCUUCCGCGCCGACAACAAGGAGGCGAUGGCGAUACGGCAGCAGUGCGCGCUGGACGCCCUGCACGACGUGUGCGAGUGGCUCGUCAAGGGCGGCGAGGUGGCGGUGUUCGACGCGACAAACUCGACGAUGGAGCGGAGGCGGAUGAUACGCGACAUAGUCGUCAACAAGAUGGGCUUUAAGCUGUUCUUCGUUGAAUCAAUCUGCGACGAUCCGAGGAUAAUAGAGCAGAAUAUCAUGGAGGUGAAAGUGAGCAGCCCUGACUACACCAACAUCCAGAACAUGGACAACGUGCUGAACGACUUCCUGCUGAGGAUAGAGCACUACAAGGAGAAGUACGAGCCGCUGGACGAGAGCCUGGAAGCGGAAUUCAGCUUCAUGAAGAUCUACGACACGGGCGAGAAGGUGGUCGUGCACAAGCACGAGGGCCACAUACAGAGCCGCAUCGUCUACUACCUCAUGAACAUUCACAUAGUGCCCAGGACCAUAUACCUCACCAGGCACGGCGAAAGCAUGCACAACCUGGUGGGGCGCAUCGGCGGCGACAGCGAGCUCUCGCCGCGCGGGCGCCAGUACGCGAGCGCGCUGGCGGCCUACAUAGAGCAGCAGCGCAUACCGGGCCUGCGCGUGUGGAGCUCGUGGCAGCGGCGCGCCAUCCAGACGGUGCGCGACGUGCGCGCCCCCCAGGAGCGCUGGAAGGCGCUCAACGAGAUCGACGCGGGCAUCUGCGAGGAGAUGACGUACGCGGAGAUCCAGGCCAAGUACCCUUCGGACUUCGACGCUCGCGACGCGAACAAGUUCGCGUACCGCUACCCGCGCGGCGAGAGCUACGAGGACCUGGUGGCCCGCCUGGAGCCCGUCAUCAUGGAGCUCGAGCGCCAGGGCAACGUGCUGGUGGUCUCGCACCAGGCGGUCAUGCGCUGCCUGCUCGCCUACUUCCUCGACAAGUCGGCAGAGGAGCUGCCGUACCUGCACGUGCCCCUGCACACGGUGAUAAAGCUGACCCCGGUGGCGUACGGCUGCCGCGAGGAGCACAUCACGCUGCCGGUGGCCGCGGUGGACACACACCGCCCCAAGCCCUCUGACGAAGAAGAUGGUGCCACUGACAAAAACGUGAUACCAGCGCCGCCUAUAAAGCCACCGGUUCCUCUUCUCAACGGAGACACCAAUGGCAAACAAGACAUUGAAAAGCCAUCCCAU